AUGCCGCGCAAGGGUGCGCACCGCCUCUCUGCCGGAGAACGCGACCGUCGCCUCGCCGAGGAGGUCCUCUACCUCCACUCCCUCUGGCGCCGCGGCCCUCACGCCCCCGCCCCCGCCCCCGCUCCGAUCCAGUCCCGCUCCGCCCGCCGCGAAGAACUCGACCGCCGCCAAGAACGCGAGCACCUCACGCUCUACCGCGUCCUCCGCCGCAAAGAACGCAAGCACCGCGCGCUCGCCGCUGUCGUCUGCCGAAUGCUCGGGUGGGAUAUCGAGAAACUGGCCCUGCCUCGCGUCGUGAUCGAUCCCCGGGCCACGGCCGGUGUUCAACACGCCAAGGAGAAUGAUGGUGCUGGGGAGAAUAAUGGCUUCUCGACUGAUGAUGAUAGCUAUUCGAUUGAUGAGGAUGAAGAGAGUGAGGAUGAAGAGGAGGACAUUGAGACAGAGAUGCCAGACCCAGCUACUGAUGGUGAUGAAGAGGGCAGUGAAAUAGAGAGCAAUGAAGAGUAUGCUGAAAAGGAGGAUCGCGAGAACAGGAUGGAAUACUCGAGUACUGAUGGUGAUGAAAAUGCUAAUGAACUAGAGAGAAGUAAAGAGGCUUGUCAAAAGGAGGAUGCUGAUACAGGGGUGGAAGGCUCUAAAAUUACCGAUGGUGAUAAAGAGGCUAUUGAACUAGAUAACAGUGAGAAGAUUCCUGAAAAGUUAGCUUCAGUUGUCAAGUGUUGA